AUGAGCUCCUCAAAUUUUGGAAGAAGAACCUGGGAUAGAGAUCAAUAUUUAGAAAAUAGAGAUAAAGCAGGGGAAGAGGCUCAAAAAAUUUCACAAGAACAAUUAGAACAAUUGAAGUUAAAAUAUACCGGUAAUAAUGAUAAGCUUUUAAAUUCCCAAUUGCAUGAUAUAAACAAAAGACAAUUCACUGGAACGUCAUCAGCAUAUCAAAAACAAAGAAAAAAAAUUGGAUUUCAUUGUGAGCUUUGUAAUUUAACGUUUAAAGAUACUGUAUUAUUUGCAAACCACUUAAAUGAUAUGGGUCAUAACAUAAAGUAUAAAAAAUUAUUUGGGGAGGAUUUGGUUCAAGACAAAAGAAAUAAUGAUGAUAUACCUAUAAGGGAAUUUGAACAGCUUUUACAAAAAUUGAAACAGCAAUAUGAUAAUAAUAAGAGGGAGAUUAUGGCCAAAAAGACAGACAAAGAUGGGGGGAAAAAUUAUCAAAUUAAUAAGAAUGGAAACAAAGUUAAAAAAAUUAUGGGCUUUGAUAAAUUUAGAUAA